GAAAUCACCCUUCCAGCAAUGGGGCACCCCCUCACUUGCGCCAGCCUCCCGUCGCCCGUCUUCACCACCCCCAUCUUCAGCAUGGCCGCGUCCCUCUCCGCAGCGUGCGUGCCGUCGACCUUCACCGGUCUCUCGUUUUUCGGCGCCAGCGUGCUCUCCCUCGAAGCCUCGCUGGUGGCCAACUACAGCGCGUCCGUUCCCGCGGAGCUCCGCUUCACGCAGCCCGCCAUCGACGUGCACGGCGCCACGUUCUGCAACGUCACCGUGUCGUACACCCACCCGGGCCAGAACGACAAUAUCAUCGUCGAGACCUGGCUGCCCGUCGAGAACCCUUCCUGGAACGGCCGGCUGCAGGCCGUCGGCGGCAGCGGCUGGGACGCCGGCCGCGUGCCCGUCUCGUACCAGGGCAUGGCCGGCGCCAUCGGCGACGGCUACGCGACCACGACGACCGACGCCGGGCUGGGCGCCAACCCGGACCCGUCGCGCGUCGCGCUGGCCAGCCCGGGCAACAUCAACUGGUACACGCUGACCAACUUCGCGUCGGUCGCGCUUAACGACCAGGCGGUCAUCGGCAAGGCGCUCGUCGCGCGCUUCUACGGCCGCCCGCCCUCCUUCUCCUACUGGAACGGCUGCUCGCAGGGCGGGCGGCAGGGCGUCAUGCUCGCGCAGCGGUACCCGCGCGCGUACGACGGCAUCGCCGCCGGCGCGCCCGUGCUGUGGACCUCGCGCGUCGGCUUGGCGCUGUUCUGGCCCCAGCAGGUCAUGCACCUGCUCGGCGCGUACCCGCGCGGCUGCGAGGUCGACGCGCUGUCGGCGGCCGAGGGGAAGGCGCUCUGGCAUGGGCUUGACCCGGGAGCGGAUCUGGUCACGCAGGGGAGCGGUCCGUUCGUGAUUCCCGGGGUUGCGGCGACCGACUGCAGCUCUGGUAUUUGCGUGGGCGUUCCCAGCUCGCUGGCCCUGCUGUGGAUGACGCAGUACCUGGCCAGGGGCGACCCGAGCUUCAACCCGUUGAAUCUCACGCACGCCGAGUUCGAUGAUCUGCUGCAUCUCGGCCGGCAGCUGUUCCGCUCGGCUGUGGAUACCGACGACCCUGACCUGUCCCGAUUUCGCGAUGCCGGGGGGAAGAUGGUGACGUUCCACGGACUUGCGGAUGGUGAAGUCGCCUCCAAGUCGACGCGGCAGUACUACCAGGAGGUGGAAGCCCUGGUGCCAGAUGUCCACAAGUUCUACCGGCACUUUGAGGUUCCAGGUCUUGGCCACUGCUCUGGGAAGUCGAGCGGACAGCCAGCCAGUCUGUUCGAACAGCUCCGCGCCUGGGUGGAGAGCGGCGUCGCACCCGAGCAGACGCCGGUCAACGUCACCGUCCUGGGCGGAGCUGUGCAGAGCCGCAUUCUGUGCCCCUAUCCACAAGUCGCGAAGUUCGAUAACGCUCGGUGCCGAGACCGCGUCGACGUGAGCUGUUGGUCCUGUUCAUCUGGUCCUUCGCGAGGAUGGUCGGGACAUUUCUGGGCUCGCCUGGCACGCAGCUACUUCGGCUAGUCGGUGGCACGGAGAUACAGCUGAUAUUUCUGCGAUGGUUUAUCUCUCUUCUCAUCCAACGCUCCGGUCGAGAGGCUCAUGAGCGACAGUGUAACAUAACGAUCAGCCCUCAUUCCACUCCAUAAAAGGCACUAAGAAAGUAAUCCAACUCACUCUUGUGGUUCGGCA